ACUGGAGUUUGGUUCUCGAGGUGGCGGCAGCGGUGGCUGCGGCUCCGGCGGCUCCUCCUCCUCCUCUUUUGGUGGCGGCGGCGGCCCGGGCCCGAGACCCGGCCCCGGCUCCCCUCUCCGCCACCCCGCGCGCCCCUAGUUCCCCCGGCGCCGCGGGGAACAUGCGGCUCCGCUCCCGGAGGCCGGCGAGUGAGUGACCCCCGUCCCCCGCCUCAGCCCGCCCGCCCGCUGGCCCGGCCGCUCCCCCCCGCCUCGCCCAGGCAAUGACAGCGGCUCCGGCGUCUCCGCAGCAGAUCAGGGACCGGCUGCUGCAGGCCAUCGACCCCCAGAGUAACAUCCGGAACAUGGUGGCGGUACUGGAAGUCAUCUCCAGCCUGGAGAAAUACCCCAUUACCAAAGAGGCACUGGAGGAAACAAGACUUGGGAAGCUCAUCAAUGACGUCCGCAAGAAGACCAAGAACGAGGAGCUCGCCAAGCGGGCCAAGAAGCUGCUGCGGAGCUGGCAGAAGCUCAUCGAGCCCGUGCACCAGAAUGAGGCAGCGCUGCGGGGGCUGGCUGGGGCGGCCGGCUCGGCCAACGGGGGUGUUCACAACUGCCGGCCAGAGGCAGGAGUGGCUGGUACACCCAAGACCAUCCAUGACCUGAAGAACCGCAACGACAUCCAGAGGCUGCCCGGGCAGCGGCUGGACAGGCUGGGCAGCCGUAAGCGCCGGGGGGAUCAGCGCGACCUCGGCCACCCCGGGCCACCUCCCAAGGUCUCCAAAACUAGCCACGACCCCUUGGUCCCCAACUCAUCCCCCCUCCCCACCAAUGGUAUUGGCGGAAGCCCAGAGAGCUUUCCUAGCCCCCUGGAUGGCAGUGGACAUGCCAGCCCUGAGGGCAGCCGCCUGGAGCGAGGUGAGAACGAAAGGCACAGCGGCAAGAUCCCUGUCAACGCCGUGCGGCCGCACACCAGCUCCCCCAGUCUGGGCAAGCCACCUGGGCCCUGCUUGCAGGGGAAGGCUUCAGUGCUGCAGCAGCUAGACAGGGUAGAUGAAACUCCGGGCCCCCCCCACCCCAAGGGGCCCCCUCGCUGCUCUUACAGUCCCCGGAACUCACGUCAUGAGGGCUCCUUUGCCCGGCAGCAGAGCCCAUACGCAUCCAAGGGCUUUGUGCCCAGCACCUCGCCUCGGCCCCAGGCACUCGAUGCUACACAGGUGCCGUCACCGCUUCUGCUGACACAGCCGUCCACACCCCCUGUGCGGCGGCUAGAGCUGCUGCCGAGCGCGGAGAGCCCAGUGCGCUGGCUGGAGCAGCCCGAGGGCCACCAGCAGCUGGCGGGGCUGGGCUGCAAGGUGGGGCUGCCCCCAACAGAGCCUCUCCUGCCCCGGGCAGGGUUCUCCCCAGACUCCUCCAAGGCGGACAGUGACGCUGCCUCCUCGGGUGGCUCGGACAGUAAAAAGAAGAAGAGGUACCGGCCUCGCGACUACACAGUUAACUUGGAUGGGCAGUUGGCCGAGGCAGGUGUCAAGCCUGUCCGGUUAAAAGAGCGGAAGCUCACCUUUGACCCCAUGACAAGACAGAUCAAACCUCUGACCCAGAAAGAGCCAGUGCGGGCAGACAGCCCUGUGCACACAGAGCAGCUGCCCAGGACAGAGCUGGACAAGCAGGAGGCCAAGGCCAGCCUCCAGAGCCCCUUUGAACAGACGAACUGGAAGGAGCUGUCACGCAACGAGAUCAUCCAGUCCUACCUGAGCCGGCAGAGCAGCCUGCUCUCGUCAUCGGGCGCACAGACCCCGGGAGCUCACCACUUCAUGUCUGAGUACCUGAAGCAGGAAGAGAGCACCCGGCGCGGGGCCAGGAAGCUGCACGUGCUGGUGCCUCAUGGCCUGCCCACGGAUCUCCCAGGGGUGACCCGGGAGGUCACACAGGACGAUCUCCACAGAAUCCAGGCCUGUCAGUGGCCAGGGGUGAAUGGGUGUCAGGACACACAGGGUAACUGGUAUGACUGGACGCAGUGCAUAUCGCUCGACCCGCACGGCGACGACGGGCGGUUGAAUAUUCUGCCUUAUGUCUGCUUGGACUGACCGGCUCGUUGGCCACAAAGUGCAUUCCCACCUUGCAGUAGCCGGGGCAGGUGGGUGGCCAGGACCUAGCUGCCCCCCUGUAGCUGGGAACUCGGGGUGUCCGGCCCGGGCGGGAGGGAGGGGGCGGGAGUCACGUGGUCUCCAUGCUCUUCCCUCAAAACUCUCCUUCUUUUGUGAAAUGCUGCUACCAGUUUACUAACAAAAUUGCAAAGGAAGGACCGCGCGGAAGGAAGGAAGGACGGCAAAGUGAGUUCAGAACUCUAUAGCAGACCAGCUAUAAAAAGCGUUAGUCCCCCACCCCGGAAGAGGUGCAGAUACUUCCAGCACCUGAACGCUGGGACCUCAGUUGCAGGCAGGCACAGAAAACCUGUGGGAGAGGUUACCUUUAACAUAGCAACAGAAGCACGCAUCUCAUCUCUUUACGUUUUCUGUUCUUUAAUUUGGCCCUCAAAGUGUGGGAGACAGUGGGCUACACCAUGGCCCUCUGUUCGCUCCCCACCCAGCCACUGUCAGGCCAGUGUUUUCCAUCAUGUGCUGGAAGCUUCUGGGCUGCGGCGAGCCACUGGCAUCAGGCGGGCAGGCCCAUUGGCCAGCCAGUUUGACCCACACUCCACGGGCAUCCAGCCAUUUGUAUCUGGUUUCAGUUAAAACCCAGUUUUUAAGGAAAUGCUGCAAAAAUUUAAGUUUUCUCAAGUUUGUUUUUCUCCCCCUCUUCCAUCUGACCACCAGCCAAAAAAACCUUUCCUUUCUUCCUCUUUUUCUCUUUUCCCUUCCUGCACACAUCUAGAAAAUUUCACCUUUCUAGAGUCCUCCCCCCCAGAACAAUACAAAAGUUAUCGCAGGUGCUACUGGUGUGUAAGCUGUACUGUUGGGUGAGAGGGAAGACCUGUCUGUACGCUGGAAACACUCAUAACCAUUCCUUUAGAUUCGUUUGCCUUAUGGUUAUUUGUCAUAAACGCGAUUUGCAAAAACAAGGAGCCUUAGUGAAUGUACAGUACCUAGACUUCUGUGUUCUCAGGACACAGAAGGGAGCAACUUUGCUAUUUGGUCCAGUAAGUGGACACCUUGUGAUAUAAAUGUGGAAAUAAAAAAACCGUUUGCACAAACCAGUCUGAGAAUUGUUUCUCAUUUGGGUCUUCACAGCCAAAUCUGCCCUUUCCUGGAUUCUGGAUUAGUCAGGAAAUCCUGGACCCCACAGCCAGACUGCAGGGACAUAGGGCGGGCAGG